AUGGCCAUGAUUGUCAUUUUGGUUCUUCAGAUUGGACCCAGCUUUCGGAACAACUAUGCAUUCGAACAACAACAAGAAGUAGAAGAUCAUCCAACGUCCAAUCCCCAUUCUACCAACAUCCAUAAUGAUGCCAAUGACAAUGCCAAUAGUGCCAACCAACCAUAUUCAAAAGUCCACUGUGUGGGAGAGAAUUUUCUACCCAAAACAGCAACGGGGUACAGAUCCUGCCAAUUCAGACAUCUUUGCUUUACUACUACGCCACCACCACCACCAAGUCUUGAUAAAAACAACAGUACUCCACAAUUUCUACUCUUUCCUUCCCCACAAGACCAACAUCUAGCACAAUUGCUAUUCCAAAACAUGACUUCACCCUAUGUCACUUGGGCCAGCAAUUUCAAUCUAUAUAGUAAUCACAACAUCAAGGUAUCCACAGCUCCCACCACCGAAGGAAUGCUAAGGCAGGGAAUUGAUCAGGGAUGGUUUCCUAUACCAAACAUCAGAUCCGCUCCACUUAUUAAUAAAAACUACCAGACACAACCUGUAUUGUUAUUACCUGACAAUGUGGUUCUAGUACCCGUCACCUUUCCCAACGAUCAUGAUACUACCACAAACAUCAAAAACAUUCUAUGGGAUUUUUUAUUGCCACUCUACAAUCUACUCGCCAUGUUUGAUCUACAAGACAAGAAACUAUGGUUGAUCAAUCUGGAUGAUCAUCAUCAUACUAGUCAUACUAGUCAUACUAGUCAUACUAGUCAUACUAGUCAUACUAGUCAUAUUUAUGAUGCAGAGUCAUGUAACACGAGGGAUUGCUACUACCACACCACCAAACAAAUGCUUACCCUCAUGAAUGCGCAUUGGGUUAAUCUGCAAAACUUGACAACGACACUGACAAAAAUGCCAGGAAACUUUAGUAGUGACAAUCAGCAUCAUUACAAUCACCAACAGCUCGUUUGUGCCAAGUUUGGGGCAGCAGGAAUGGGGGCUCUCACAGACCAUGGCAUUCACAAAAAGUCACAUGGAGAACGCAAAAAGGACUACGUCUUUGUGCAAAACAGUGGCAGAGGACCACUGCUCUACAACUUUCGAAACCAUAUUUUGAAAAACUUGGGAUUGUUGCAUGAUGACACACGGCAACAACAACAACAACAUGACAAUGACAGCAAGAAUAAGAACGGGCCCCUCCAAAUCAGUGUCAUGGUCAGUGAAUCCAAAAAGUCGGGUAUUCAAACCUUUCAACAUCAUGUGGAUGCAGUGAAACGGGACAUACCAGAUCAUUCCCAAACAUUACGCAUUCAGCAAUACCACUACACCCACAACAACAGUACCAGUAGUAUUGUGCACAUCAAGAAACAAAUUCAAAUGGCAGUGCAGACACAAAUCUACAUCUCCAUGAUGGGACACAGUGCCUGGCCGGCAUUCUUUUUGCCGCCGGGUUCCACCUUGAUUCUGUUCUUUAACAAUGGCGGGGAGGAAAUGGUCCGCGAUACCAACAACAAAAACGAGGCCACUUUUCCAAUUAAACUCGAUUGGGACGUGUGGAACAAUUUGGGGCAUUUGCGGGUUCAUUGGUUGCCGUUGCACACGACGGACGAGGACGACAGGCUCGUCAAGAUUAUCGAACAAGACUUACGGCGACAACGGGGUGAGGAGGAGCCGCAACAAACGACGGAUGAUGGCAGCACGUGGAAUGGGAUACCCGUGCGACUCGUCGUACCGAAGAAUCAAACAUCGUCGUCGGUGCAUUGCAUUGGGGGUAACUUUCAAAAAAAGGGGGCCAACGUGUUUCGGUCGUGUCACUACGAACAUCUCUGUCUGGAUAUGGACCGCCGGGAGUUUGUGUUGCACGUGGGGGCAUCAUCGCAAACGGACAACAACAACAACAAGAACAACAACUCGGACUUGUUGGACUCGACAAUCAACGCCGACGUGUCGGUGGGACGAACCAUUCGCUUCAGCGGGGACAGCGCUUGGUCUCCUCGGGUAGUGCAACAACCGUUGCACAUCCAUUACGAGCUCCCAGAAGGGACGAUUUGGGCUCCCUUUCAUGCCGAACAACCCAACAUUCACAAUCCUGGUCAUUUGCUCUGGGAUUACUUUCUGCCAUUCUACAAUCUACUGGCCAUGUUUGGUCUCGAUCAGUCGCCAGCCAGCAACUUGCUACCGAUCAAUAUAGACGAGGGUUGUACACAAAAAGAGGAUAGUCCCUGCUGGCGGGUGCUGACCAAGUUUCUUCCCCUGCUCGGUGUCCACAAUGCUUCUACGACGUUUCGAAGUACGCGACAAAGCGAAUUGCACGGACCUCGGCAAAGCAACUUGGUCUGUGCCAAACAUGCCGUGGCGGGCAUUGGGAUGCUAACGGAUCAUGGCUGGAAUCGGCACGGUCAGCGCAUUGAGGAUUACCGAGACGUACACAACGUUGGUCGUGGCCCGCUCUUCUUUGCGUUUCGCAACUUUGUGCUGCGAAACAUGGGCAUUGACGAGCAAACGCCACUGCAACGGCCCAACAAAAUUGUCUUUUCCACGCAUUCCUCCAAGAAUCCUGCUCGACGACACUCGUUCCAAAAUCAGAUUCAUGCGUUACGGGCAGCGAUUCCUGCAAAUACCCUUUCAGUGGAGCACCACGUACUAGCCAAGCUGAGCCUGAGAGAACAAGUUGUUCUCGCGACACAAACGGCAAUCUUCGUCAGUGUCGUGGGUGGGUCGGCAUCAACCGCGACCUUUAUGCCGCGGGGAUCGAGCGUCAUAUUGUUUUUCAACGAUGUGAACGAGUUUACCGAUCAUUCGUCACGAAAAGAUUUCCCCUGCAUGAUUGAUUGGGACUUUUGGAACAAUGCGGCCCAUCUGAAUGUGCACUGGUUGCCCAUGAAAACCAUGAAUGACACGGUGAACCAGCUUGCCUUGAUCCAGCUUGUCAAGAGUGAGAUUGCUAAGGAAUCGAUCGAUCGCACCCGAAGAGGCUUCGAUUGA